CCCCGCUUGCAAAUGUCCCACCCAUUCCCCCGAGUCAUUAUCGAACUGGACGUUGAUUAUUUUUAUGCCCAGGCGGAGGAAGUUCGUGAUCCCAGUUUGAAGUUGCUGCCCGUAGCGAUUCAACAGAAGCAUAUUGUUGUGACCUGUAACUAUGUUGCGAGGAGUUUUGGGGUAGGGAAGUUGGCCCUUCUCUCAGAAGCUGUAAAAAAAUGCCCUAAUUUGGUUAUCAUUGACGGGUCAGGUUACGUUGACUUGAUUGCAUGCUGUCACACCAUCAGGCCAGAUUCCCUUACCAACGAUUACAGAUAUCACCCGCUACCGACGAGCUUCGCGACAGAUUUUCGAACUCGUGAAAACCAUAUUAAACGGUCAUAAUGCUGACGAAACGGGUGCGAAUUGGGUGGUGAAGGUGCAAAGAUUGGGUAUGGACGAAUUAUUCUUGGAUGUGACCGAUCUGAUUGAGAGGCAUCUGAAUGAGCGGAACAUAAACGAUAUGGAGGUGGAGUUUGACCUUCCUGGAGGCGUGUCGUUUCGAUAUACUCCUGGUCUGUGGGCGGGCCAUGUGAUGGGUGAGAGCGAGCGGGAGCUUGACGGAGAAAGUGGUGAUAGUUUGCCAAAGUGGUAUUACCAAAUGGCAUCCCACCUCGCCUCAUGUAUCCGGUUGGCAAUCUAUUCCAAACUGGGAUUCACAACAUCAGCUGGAAUAUCUAGCAACAAACUUUUCGCCAAACUCGCUGCGAGCGCCCACAAACCCAACGAUCAGACCACGUUACUUCCAGGUGUGGCCGCCGAUGCCUUUCUUUGCGGAACAAAGCUCCGUGGUAUACCUGGCAUCGGACAUUCAGCUUGCAAAGUCCUUUUGAAGCAUGUAUCAGAAGCAGAGAUGGAUGAGAAGAGGAUCCUGGAGGAAGAUGAGCGGGACCGCGGGAUCUUAGAUUAUGUUAUGAUGGAGAGUGAAAACCCUGACGAGGCCAUGCUUCCGGACGCACCGUCGACUUCAGCAACGGUUGGAACAACACGCCAGUAUUUAUCCCGCGAAACGCUGAUAAGCCUUCUGGGUCCCAAAAUAGGCCCUAAUAUUUAUGACCUCCUUCGCGGGAUAGAUCCCACCCCAGUCGUCCCGUCCGGGUGGCCGACCCAAAUAUCCAUUGAAGACUCUUUUCAGCAUUGUACAAAUGUUCAAGAUGUCCGAGCAAGGCUGUUAGAGCUUGGUCGAAUGUUUGUUGAAAGAGUUCAGGAGGAAGAAUGGAGCCAAGAAAGCGGGUGGAGGAGAUUCGCGAGAAACGUGAGACUGACCAUUCGGAGAAGACAAGAAGGGAAUAUUCGGGCUUGGUCGGAUGACCGCGAAUCACGAUCUUUGCCACUUCCUGUCUCCAUCUUCACGCACACAACACCCUCUGCCACCAGAUCCCAAGUCCUAGUCGACAAAACCCUCUUACCGCUUUUCCGGAAGAUGGUGGGCGACAAGCCGUUUGACUUGACUCUGUUGAAUAUUGCCGCGGUGGACUUUAAAAAGGAGACUGUUGGGAGGGAUAUUGUCGGCUUAUUUGCCGCUCAGGAAGAAGGGAAAACGUUGGUUGACCAAAUUGAUCAAGAGGUAAUAAACGCCCUUCCAGAGGAGAUUCGGCGGGAGAUUCUGGGAAGUGGCCACCAGGAUACACCAAUUUUGAGCUGUACGCGGAAAACGGACACAGGAACUUCUAUUGCAGAGUUUUUUGCUAAGGGAGAGGGCAGCGGGAUGGGCGUAGAAGAUUUGAAUCCAUUACCUAAGGACGGUCGACGAGAUACUGUGGGUCAUAGAAUAGUGAAUGAGCAAAAUACCUCUACAUGGCCGAAAGGAAAGCGAAAGGUCUCUUCAAAGAAAGUAAAUAUAUCCAAGAAGAAACCAAAGACCGAUGGGCCACUGACGAAAAUGUGGCGUAUGGGGAAGGAGGACGAGUUUGUAUGUCCCAAAUGCUCCGAGUCGGUGGCUGUAUCGGGAGUUGCAGCACAUGCCCGGCUGCACGAAAAGGAUACAUAAAAGUGAUACAUAUCGCGCAAAUGUAUAUAUUCGAAAAGCAACAUGAUAUUCCUACAGAGAAAACCCGUUUUAUCGAUUCACCAAAAUAUAUACAGAGACCCAACCUCGACAUCACAAA